AUGUGUGUGCCAGCAACUAUAACAAGUUCAUCAGAAACUGAUGAUCGUAGUGGAUCCAGUUUGGAAUGGAGCAAGGAUGGGAGUCUCCAAGCUGGAAAACAUCAAGGGAUUAGUCAUGAUCGAAGAACAGAUAAUUGUUCACCUGUUGCAGAAGAGGAGGCCAUUGGAUCUGCUGAGAAUUUGCCAAAAGAAGUACCAGCAGGAGAGGGUCCCGUUCCUUAUGCUCAAAGUUCUGGCUCUUUAAUAAUGCCUCGUCCAAACUCUGUUGCAGCAACAAGUUCAACCAAACUGGAAGAUCUGAGUUAUUUGGAUGGACAAAGAAAUACUCCUUUGCGCACUUCAAUUCGCUUACCUUGGCACAACACAGCUGGCGGAAGAGUGCAGCAGGAAAGUAAAGCUCGUUUUGUCCCCUAUAAGCCUCAAGACAUUUUGCUGAAGCCGCUGUUGUUUGAAGUUCCAAGCAUAACAACAGACUCGGUGUUUGUCGGAAGAGAAUGGCUGUUUCAAGCAAUUGAAGAAAAAUUGAAGAAUACUGAUCCAGCAGAGAACAGGGGAGCAGUCAUUACUGGAAAUGUGGGAUUUGGGAAGACUGCAGUCAUUUCACGGCUGGUGGCACUUAGCUGCCAUGGAAGUCGCAUGAGGCAAAUAGCUUCAAAUAGCCCUAAUUCUUCCCCCAAAAGUGGUGACUCCUGUCAGGAGAUUCCCUUAAGUCAGCUACCCCCGUCUGCUCCUCCAGCAGGUGGUACCAAUACAGCGAAGGCUCUGAAUUGUCCUGGUAGUCCUGAAUACCAAAACCAAACAGGCGAUGCCGUGAGACGCCUUGCUUCGAAGGUGGUUGCUUAUCACUACUGUCAAGCUGACAACACAUACACAUGUCUUGUCCCUGAAUUCGUGCACAGUGUUGCAGCUUUACUUUGUCGUUCAAAUCCAUUAACAGCGUACAGAGAUCUCCUAAUAAAAGAGCCUCACUUACAAAGCAUGCUUAGCCUGAGAUCUUGUGUCCAAGAUCCAGCAGCAGCUUUUAAAAGGGGAGUGUUGGAACCACUUUCAAACCUCAGGAAAGAGCGGAAAAUUCCUGAGGAAGACUACAUAAUUUUGAUAGAUGGUUUAAAUGAUGCCGAGUUUCAUAAACCUGAUUAUGGUGACACACUUUCUUCAUUUAUCGCUAACAUAAUUUGCAAGUUUCCUCCCUGGCUGAAGCUCGUUGUGACUGUAAGAACUAACUUCCAG